GGGGGGCUCAGGGCGGGAGCGGAGCGGCGGCGGAGCUCGGAGAUUGCUCCGGCACAGGGGGACCCGCGCCCGGUGUGCCCCGGCUCGGGGCUCGCUGCGGGCCGAGGGGCCGCGGUGAGGGGCAGGGGCCGGUUCAGUGUGCCACCAGCGUGGCUGUGAAGCUGUUCCCGAGGCCGAUCUCGGAAAGGCUUUUCCAGCACUCCUGAUGUCUCCGGAGCAAGGGGCUGUUUGUUCCCAGCAGAGAGAUGCCGACUGUGACCUGGGGGAGCAUAAAUUCUGUUCCCAUCAUGGAGUUGUGCAGGAGCUCCUGCAUCUCCAGGAGGGACCAGCAGCUGGGGUUCCACACUUGCCUGGGGUGCAAGAAGCCACUUGUCAUGAGCAGGGGGAUGCCACUUGUGAGUGUGCAGUGAGUGGAGGUGUGGAAAAUGAAUUCUGCACCAGUGAUGGAAGUGUGAGGGAGCCCCUGGGUCCCCAGGGAACAUCAACAGCCGGCAAUGGACACAGAAGGAUCCUCAGAAGAUUCCCAGGCAAGCGGUUCAGGUGCCGUGCCGUGCCCGUGUUGGUGCUGGUUGUGCUCGUGUUGCUGGUGCUGGCUUUGGCGGUGGCCUUGGCUGUGCAGUCAGCCCCACAGCUUCCAGUCCCACCUGCAACUCCGCUCUUGGUUCUAGGCUGUCCCUCUGGCUGGGUUGGCUACAAUGGGCUCUGCUACUACUUCUCCAGGGAUUCCAGCACCUGGGAGCAGGGUCAGGAACGGUGCUCCAAGCUCGGGGCCUCCCUGGCCAUUGUCAAGGAUGAGGACCUGGGUUUGCUCUUCCGCCUCCGCGGGAACGUCGAUUACUGGCUCGGGCUGCGCAGACAGGGCCAGCACCUGCACUGGGGGGACGGCAGCAACUUCAGCUCCUGGGUUCCUGUCCUCGGCGAUUCUGAGUGUGUGUACCUGGCUGAGAAUAUAUUUGUGAGUCAGAGCUGCUCCAAUGAGCGGCCGUAUCUGUGCAGCAAGGCCCAAGCUCCCCUGUGACAGGGGCUGCAGAAAGGACCUUCUCCACGCUGGGCAGUGCCAGCUUCACCUCUCAGCCCGGCACAGGCUGUCCUUGCUCAGCUGCAGCCUGUGCCUUGCCCUCACUCUCAGGGUCACCUCCGUGCCUGUUCCUCGCCACUGCCAAGGCCGGGCUGGGUGUCCAAAGGAAAAGUCUCCGCAAUCCCUCCUGGCCCCGGUGCUGCCUGCAGGGAGGGCAUUGCCCCCGUGACAGCCCCAGCUCCAAGGGCAGCCACCAGCGCCCCUGCCGGCAGUGCGGGACCUGCAGCCAAGGGGAAAGUGCCUGCGGCCGAGAGCGCCUGGGGCUGGGUUUGGGCUCUGUUUGCUGUUCAUGCCGC